AGUGCGCGUGCGUGCGCGUGAAAUAUUAUUACUAUUACUACGUUACAACAUAAUAAUAAUCGUCAUUCGUCGGCGGAGCACUAGCAGCACCAGCGUACACGAUCGGGCUCUCAAGCACACGACGACACAACACCACAACGGUUCUUCGCUAGCUCAUCGCGUACGUACGCGAUCCGGAAGCGUUUCGCGUGCACUUGUCUCUCGUGUCGCCGAUAUCCGCGCAUCGCCGAGCCAGCCCGCUGCGAACGCGGUGGUUGAACUUACACGUUUUGUUUACCGUAGUCCGGUACGCGCGUGACCGCACAAUUGUCGCGAUCCCAGAUUUGUGGGCGCGUCUUUUCAACGCUGUCUCCGGUCUCGCGGUUCUCGACCGCGUGAAUCCCGUCCGGACGUCGUCGCGCAACCGCUGCCUUUACCGGCCGUCCCGUCGUCCCGUAACGUGUUAGUGGUUUCCUUAGGGAUUGACCGUUUCGUGUCCGUUCGGUGAUCGUCGCCGAACAUGUUGCACCAUUAACACACCACCGGUCUGCUGUCUUGUCCCACAGUAGAUACGCAGGUCAGUCCACUAUCCACUGGACCAGUGCUGCUGUGCUCGCCUUUUACGUUCUUCAAUAUGAUUGUGGUUAUGUCGAGUCCGUUUACAGUUCACUGUGUAGACCAUGCUACAGAAAGGUCACCCAAUCCGAUCGAACGACACUGGUGGAGGUGAUGAGAAUGAACGGAAAACCGUGCCAUAACGUUUGACUUUGUUCCAUCACUAGACAAUGUUGCAAUCGUCAUAAGCAUCUUGCUCUCUUCAAACAAAAGCUAUAAUCACACAAUAGCUUACGCGUGUGAUGAUCAAGGAGAAGCAGUGCAUAGAAAAUAAAUCUUCAUCUAUUAGUGAAGGGGGGGACCCUGGUGCCGGUGAUGAUAACCAAAUGAUCAAAACGCCUGAUAAUAAUAGUGGUGAUCUUCAUCACGAUUUAGACAGCAUUAUUAAAACUGAAACUGAUAUGACAGCUUUAAUAGAUAAUGCUAGUGGGGAUGUAGCAGAUAAUAAAAGUGGUGUUGGAGGUGGAAGUGCUGGUAGUAACGCAUCACCAGGAUCAUCAAACACUGACCAGAAACAACAACUUAUGUCAAAUGAUAUGUGUCUUGGUCAAAUUAAACAUGAAGACAUCGGUAAUAACAGUGGUAUUAAAAUAGAAGAUAACAAUACAACCAGUACAACUACAACUACAGUAGAGUCUGAUUUUGAAUCUUGUGAUCGAGUUGUGCUAUCUUCAAUGAGCAGUGGUAGUGGAGGACCAACCGAUUUAAUUGAUGGUUCUGGUGGUGUACAACCAUUAAUGAGUAAUGUCUUGGGUGGUAACACUACGGGUAAUAAACAAUCAAAUACAACUGGUGGAAACAUGGAUGCUCAACAACAACAGUACAUGCAACAACAAAGUCAAAUUUUCGUAUUUUCAACCAGUUUAGCAAACAAAUCAGCUGAAUCAGUAUUAGCUGGACAAUAUCCUACAAUUAUAGCGUAUCAUUGUGCUCAACCACGAACAAAAAAAUUUUUAGAAAAACAUCCAUUAAAAGUCAACCAGUUUAAUAGACAAAAUCCUGGGCAGUGGAUGAAUAAUGUUGUUGCAUCUCAACAACAAUUGAAACAUCAACAGCAGCUUAAUAAAGGCAUGGCACCUCAUGGUGGACAACCAAAAUAUGGUGGUGGCACACCUUAUUCGAGAGCAAUGAAAAACAAUAACAGUCCAUCAGCUGCAUCAAUGGAUAAUCCAAUAAUGCAGCAACAACCUGGAGCUAGAAUGCCUAUGUGGAGUCAUCAUCAGGGAAAUCAUAUGAAUGAUUCAGGACCUCAGCAGUUACAACAUCCAUCAAAUCAUAAUAUGAUGGGAUCUAUGUGUGGGCCUGGUAUGGGUAUGCAAAAUCAUGGUAAUAGUGGUGGUCCUAUGGGUCCUGGAAUGCUUAUGAACAACAAUAAUAAUCCAAAUUCACCAAUGAUGAGUGGUCCCAGUUCUAUGAUGAAUCAACAAGGAAAUCUAUGUUCUAUGGGAUCUGGUAGUGGUAGUGGAAUGCCUAUGAAUGGUAUGGAUUUAGAUUUAAUGGAUCAUCAUCAUUCACAUCAUCAACAACACCAUCCAAAUCCACAUCACCCAUCUAACAUGAUGGAUGGUGGCCAUAGACCAAUAAUGGGUGGUGGUCCUCAUCAUCCUCAUCAUCCUCCCCCUCAUCAUCCAUCUGGUGCUCUCCAUCACCGAGGAUCUGUAGGAAUGAGUGGUGGACCUCCACAUCAUCAUGGUAUGAUUGAUGUUAUGACAAUAAUUAGUAGUCCUAAUAAAUAUCAUCCUUCUAAAACAGAUAUUAUUUUGUUUUCUUCAGGUGGCCCACCAGUUUCUUCAGGUUCAGGUGAUGCUCCUGGAGGUCAUAACUCUUUGGCAGCUAUGAUUCCAUCUUUAGCUGAUUUCGAUGAUACUAUUGGAGGUGGAAAUUCAUCUCUGGGAGCUGCAGCUGCUGCAGCAGCAGCACAUCAUUCAUUAGCUGGUGUACAAGUACCUGAUGAAAAUUUGACACCACAGCAAAGACAACAUCGUGAAGAACAACAAGCUACAUUGCGUAAGCUUCAACAAAUGUUAUUUCCUGAAAAUUCUAGUGGAGGUGGAGGACCUUCUCAACAACAACCUCCACCUGUUACCUCUUCUUCCUCUGUUGGAGGUCCAUUGGAUAACUGCAGUGGAAGUGGUGGUAUGGAUGAUUUAAUGCCUUCCAUUGAUGAUGAUUUGGAUGUAGAUGCUGUUGUAACAGCUGCAGCAGCAACAAAUUCUACUGCAGAUCUCUUAUUGCCACCUAAAACACCAACUUCAUGUUCUUCUGAUUGGCAAAAAUCAAUGUUUGGUAAUGAAGAUGACAAAAAGAAGGAUGUAGGACGUUGUGGUCCACCUCCUUCUUACCACCAAACAGUAGCUCGAUCUGCAAGUGUACCUAUUGUUUCUAUUCCGAGUUGUAGCCCUAAUUCUCCUUUAGCUGGUAAUGGGACUGGAGUUACAAACAGCAAUUUAUCAUUGCCUUCUCCUCGUACAUGUUCAGCACUUAAUUCACCAGCUGGAGGUCGUCCUUCAUCAAAUAUGAGCCCCACUGCUGUACGAUCUCCAGGUGGUAGUGGAUCAAGACUGCAAUCAAGUAAUCCAGGUACACCAGUACACAUGUCACCUGGCAGUGGCACAGGCCAUAAUUCUUGUUCAUCAAUGAAACAACAAAAAGGACCUAUGUCCAAUGAAUUUUCUCCAUCGUCUAAUAUUGCAACUCCAGGUCAAUCUGGUGGUGGUGGUCAACCAUCUCCAGAUGGCUUAUUUUGUCACAAUAAUAAGCAGCUAUCAAAAAGAGGAGAUGAACCAAAUUUAAUGCCUGUUCCUUCUCCCCAACAUAUUCAGUACUUAAAUACUUUUGAUGGUCAAGAACUUACCAUACAAAAACAACCUAAUACUGGUUUAAAAGAUUCCUCGUCUUCCACAACUACAACUACUUCUACGAUGUCCCCAUCAAUACCUACAUCUCAAAAUAAUAUGGACAUGAUAAUGACUGAUUCAAAUAUAAAAUCUUCACAAGCUAAUACACCUUCUAACCAUCAUUCACCCUCAUCUAUGGAUAUACCAGUUGGAAGUAAUCGUUACCCUGGUACACCUAGUGAUUUUGCAUCACCUAGUCCAUCAGCUAUGGAAAGCAAUAAUGGUCCUUCUAAUAAACAAAAUAAUAUGCAGCAAAUGAGGAAUGGAGGUUAUACAUGUCCACCUAGUCCACAACAGCAAAUGAUGAAUGAAUCAAGAUAUCCUGGAAAUUAUGGAAGUGGCCCACCACAACAUAAAUCUGGGGGAAUGAUGGGGGAUCCCAAAGAUUCUCCCUUAGGAUUUCCAUCACGCUUGGGUCCUGGAGAUAUGCCUUUAAACCCAUCAGCCGCUGCUGCGGCAGCAGCUGCAGCUGGUUUACAAUCAUCACAACAACAACCGAUGAAACAUUUUGAUCCCAUAUCAUCUUUAGCUCAAAUGAAUCAACAGUUAGCUAAUAAUGUAGCUGGUGGAGGAUCAUCGCCAAUUGUGAACCAUGGUGGUGGACCUCCUUUACAUCAUCCUGGUGGUCCCGGUCAUCAUCAUCCUGGCGGUGGAAUGAUGUCACCUUUUGGCGGCGGAGGUGGUCCUCCCAUUCAUAUGAUGGGAGGCAAUAACGAUCCCAUGUGUGGUCCUAUGGGAAUGGGUGGUGGUGGAAUGCAUGAUAGUGGCAUGGGUGGACCUCCUGGUAGUGGUGGUCGUAUGAUGUAUGGACCGGGUCCUGGAUUAGGCCAAGGGCCACCACCACCAGGACCUAAUGGAAAUGGAAUGUCUAUGGGACCAGGAGGUGGAAUAGGAAUGGGAAUGCCUCCAAUAGGAGGUGGUAGAAACGGUGGUAUGAUGAUGAAUUCUUGCGUUGGUGGAGGUCCAUUGUCUCCAAAAUCUUCAUCAAUGAUGCAACAACAACAAUAUCAGCAACAACAACAAAGGCUUAUGCCUAGAAUACCAUCUGGAGGUGGUCCUGGAGUACCUUAUAACGGCGGUGCUAAUAUACAAGUUAAACCUAGUGCUCCCAAUACAAUACAAUAUUUACCUAAUAAUUCCAGAGGUGGUGGUGGUCCUAGAAAUGGUGCGUCCUCACAACCUCAACAACAGCAACAGCAGCAGCAGCAACAACAGCCACAACAACAACCUAGCAUAGAUUUUUUACAAAGGUUUUCAGGUGGACCGGGUAAUAGUGGAAAUCAAUUGUCUAAUUUAGAUGGUAAAAUGCCUACUCACAAUUUACAAUAUUUUCCUAAUUCUGGUGGUGGGGGGUACAAUAACAGUAAUGGCGGUGCUGGUAUGAAUGAUAUGAUGUGUGGUAAUGGUGGUCCUCCAGGUGGAAGUAUGAGUGGUAUACCACCUGGUGGUCCAAAUAAUAAUAGAGGAAUGAUGCGCGGUAAUGCAACAGGUAUGAUACGACUAGGAAGUGGUAACAGUGGAAUGGGUAUGGGUAGUGGUAAUUAUAACGGUGGUCCACCAGAUGGUAUGUUUGGUGGUGGUGGACCUCCUCUUCAUCAUCCAUCAUCUGGCCAUCCACAACAGCAAAUUAUGAUGAUGGGUGGAGGUUCAGGUGGACCACCUCCUCAACAGCAUAAAGGUGGAGGAAUGUUAGGCGGUCCAGGACCUCCAGAUGCUACACAACCUUUACCACCGUCAAUGGGUGGUGGUGGUGGUCCAGGACCAGGAGGGGUUCCUGUAGGAUUUAGAGGUGGUCCUCCAGUAUCAAAUUCGUUUAUUGGUCCAACAACAGCUGAUCCAAAUUAUGCACAGCAAUUUCAUAAUUUCCAACAACAAUUAUAUGCUACCAAUACUCGAGGUGGCGGCGGUGGAGGUCCAUCAGGCCCUGGAGGAGGUGGACCUCAACAGUUUUUUGUGUCUAAGUAAAUAACAAUAUUAUGACUUUUCAAAGCAAUAACAAUUAUUUAUAUUAGCAAGUCAUGUGUUUAUAACAUGCCUAUUAUUAAUUAUCUGUCACUUUUUACUAAAUAUUUUUUCUUAGCUGCCUCCAAUUGUAUAAAAUUAACAGCAGACUGAUCAUUCUUAAAGAUAAUUAUU